UCCUUCCUGUUUCUGUUACACAGGCAGCAAAAUCUCCGCAUAGUGGCCUGCGAUAGACAAAUCUAUCAGGCCUCCAUAAUGGCAGUGUUCUUAUCCUUAGCGUUAGGACGGCAGUUAAUUCACAUCUUUUAUCAUGAUUACACGAUUUUUUUAAUAUAGCAUCUGUUAUUUCAAUAUUAUUUAUUGCGGUCACGCGUUUGUCAGGAACACGCGCUGUUCUCCGGCAAUUGUUCUCAACAUAUUCUCAUGGCGGAGACUAAAAUCAUUUACCAUAUAGACGAGGAGGAAACUCCGUAUUUGGUGAAACUGUCAGUGGCUCCAGACAAGGUAACUUUGGCGGAUUUUAAAAAUGUCCUCAGCAACCGGCCGGUCAACAGCUACAAAUUCUUCUUUAAAUCUAUGGAUCAGGAUUUUGGGGUUGUCAAAGAGGAAGUCUCAGAUGAUAAUGCCAAAUUGCCUUGUUUCAAUGGGAGAGUGGUGUCAUGGCUUGUAUUGGCUGAGAGUUCUCACACAGAUGAGAUGUCAGUGUGCACAGACAGUCAUACUGAACUGCCCCCACCGCUGGAGAGGACGGGAGGCAUCGGAGACUCAAGGCCCCCCUCAUUUCAUGCUAAUGCAGUGAACAGCAGAGAUGGGCUGGACACUGAGACAGGAAGUGAGUCUGUUCUCAGACACCGCCGAGAGCGUGAAAGAACAAGACGGAGGAGGGUUGAAUUCCCGCGUGUGAACGGUCACUCUAAAGGUGAACGGGCGGCGAGGGAUACACGCCUGGGUUGUGACAGCGUUUCUAUGAUGAGCAGCGAGCUGGAGUCAAGCACUUUCAUUGACAGCGAGGAGGAUGAGAAUGCCAGCAGACUGAGCAGUUCUACAGGGCAGAGCUCUUCGUUUCAGUUAAUGAAGAGACACAAACGCAGGCGCCGGCGACACAAAGUGGCCAAAGUCGACCGGUCCUCGUCCUUCAGCAGUAUCACAGAUUCAACCAUGAGCCUCAACAUCCUCACGGUGACACUCCACAUGGAGAAAUAUAACUUUCUUGGCAUCAGUAUAGUGGGCCAGAGUAAUGAUCGAGGAGAUGGUGGCAUCUACAUCGGUUCUAUCAUGAAGGGAGGAGCUGUGGCAGCAGAUGGAAGGAUAGAGCCAGGAGAUAUGCUGCUGCAGGUAAAUGACGUGAACUUUGAAAACAUGAGCAAUGAUGAUGCUGUUAGGAUCCUCAGAGAGAUCGUCUCAAAGAACGGCCCUAUCUGUCUCACCGUGGCCAAAUGUUGGGACCCUUCCCCUCGCAGCUACUUUACAAUACCCAGAGCUGAACCGGUUAGACCCAUUGAUCCAGCAGCUUGGAUUUCUCACACUACUGCACUUACAGGGUCUUACCCACAAAAUGAGUUUGAUGAUCUCCCUCUCACAGUUGGAAAGACAGACAUGGCCACCAUUGUCAAGGUGAUGCAGCUCCCAGACUCAGGGCUUGAAAUACGGGACAGAAUGUGGCUGAAGAUUACUAUUGCUAAUGCUGUUAUAGGGGGUGAUAUAGUGGACUGGCUGUACUCACGGGUCGAAGGAUUUAAAGACAGACGGGAUGCCAGAAAAUACGCCAGCAGCUUGCUGAAGAACGGUUAUCUUAGACACACCGUCAACAAAAUCACCUUCUCUGAACAGUGCUACUACACUUUUGGAGAUCUCUGCCAAAAUAUGGCUACCCUAAACCUAAAUGAAGGUUCCAGUGGUGGUGGUUCAGAGCAGGACACGUUGGCCCCUCUCCCCCCUCCAUCCACUAACCCAUGGCCCAUGGGUUGCCAACCCUUCCCGUACCCACCCUUCUCCACAGCGCCCCCUGGCUUUCCUCCAGGAUACAUUGACCCCUGCCAUAGUUUCCACAGUGGUUGCGCAGGAAGCCAGCACAAUGAAGGAAGUCGAAGCAGCAGUUCCAACCCCAGUGUUGGGAGGAGCCAGCGGCUCGUGCCAAGAGAAAAAGACCGCAAGUCGACUGGUAGUGGCGGCAGCGAAUCCGAAUCAGCCUAUCUAGCAAGUGGGAAGCGGUGUGAACGGUCUGGCAGCAAAUUGAGUCACCGAAGCCACACACAAUCGUCUCACAGCCAUGCCCACUCCGGACACAGUCACGCUCAUUCCCGGGUCCCCUCCCAACAUAGUCGCACAUCCUUUUCCUACAGCCAUGCUUCCUUUUCCAAAUAUAGCCACACCUCUUGUGCACUCAGUGAACGGAGCCACGCUUCCUCUUACGGACCACCAGGCCUUCCUCCUCCCUACAACCUGGCCAGAAUGACACCUAAGGGAGCUUUCAGCAGUGGACCCCCAGGGGCUCCACCAGUAAGGGAGCUGGGGGCCAUACCACCCGAACUUACCGGCAGCCGCCAGUCUUUCCAGCAUGCCAUGGGCAAUCCUUGUGAGUUCUUUGUGGAUAUAAUGUGAUCGUCCAAAUAGAAGUUCAUUGUUUAACCUCAUACUGACUCGAGGUGUAUUUGAAGAUGAAGCCAAUGCCAUAAAGAAUUCAUGGUCAGUUUUCACCAGCAUCAUCACAUGUGGCCAUAGUCUUUAGCGAUUAUGGAAAUCUUUGGUAAAAUAAUCAAGUGUUGUGCAAAGGACAAUUUCCCAUAAAAAUCUGAAAGUAUGAUAAUGAAAAGGGAAUGACUUUUAUUAUAGCACCAAACUGUCACAAAAUGAACCAAAGGCUACAUGCCAGAACAUUUACAACGGUCAAACAAGAGUUUGUGAGUAAUGUUAGGGACAUUACAGGUUUUUGAUCUACCAGUAUUAUCCAUUUUUAGCAAUAAAGCACACCAGCAGCCACAUUUUACUUCUUAAAUGGCUCAAAAAGUAUAUUAUUGCUGUAGCACACAUUCAAAAAAGUAAAGACAAUCAGGUCCAAAAAGGUUAGUCCAUUCCAAAGCUUUGCUACUGAGCGCUCUAAUAUCCAGCAACACAGUCAAAAGUUUCUUCAUGUUGUGUUUAGUCCUUUUCACAUACAUUUAUUUAAAACAACUCUUCAUUUGAUAUAUUUUAAUGAUAUUUUAUGGCGCUUACAUUUCAUGUGCACUACAAAUCUGUCUGUGAUGGUAAAGAGCAUAGGAAGAAUAAAUCAUUUUUGGACACGUUUCCAAUUAUUACUUGGUUUGAAACAUGGUAGCAUGUCAAUGUUAUAUCUCCCUGGGCUAUUAAGCACUAGCUAGAAAAUAUUAUUUUCUGAAAUAAAAAAGCCCAAAAAAGCUCUGGGCUGCUGGACAUCAGGGUAAACAUAAGAACCAGCACUUAUGUGUGCAACUAAUUGGCUCUUGUUGAAAGUUGAAGUGAAUUUUAUUUUCUUAAGAUGUUUUUAAAUAUUGUCUGUAAAUUCUACAGCGUCGUGCCCAUUGGAUAAUGCUGUAGGAUGUGAUCUCUGGUGCUGGUAACUUGUUAAAGUGUCUCAAAGAAAAAUUUAGUUUGUGAAGGAGUUUAAUAUAACAACUAAGGGUGAUUUGUCCAUUUUGGAUACCUACUGUAUGUGGAGUAUGUAACAACGUAAAUACUGUCCGCUGAAGAUGACAGUUCGCUUUGGAAGAUUCUGGAAAAAGUGUUGUGUAUAUAGUUCAUUUUUAUUGUAUAUAUGAAAACUAGAUAAUUGUAUAAAAGAUGUGUACAAAGCUCCUGGCAAUGCCUUUUUGUAGUUAUGUAUAAAAUUGGCCUCUGUGUAGGUGUUUGUGUAUGAGUUUUCUGUUGAAAGCAGUUUUCUAAAGGUCAUUCUGCUCUGUUGUGUUUUUUUGUCCAACCGAUUGUCAGUGAAACAGUCUUAAAUAAAAACAAUCCAUUCUGUGAG